UUUUAUUUUUGUGGCCUUUGUUCAAAAUUCAUAAAUUUGAUAUAUAUCUCAUCAUCUCAUGCAAGAAAGAUGGGCCAAAUCACGCUGCUCAUCACUGUUUACGAUUUCUAGAUAUAGAAGUUCAUAUCAUCUUCUUUUGCGAAGUGGGAAAGUCUUUGAUCACUUGUUCCCACUAAGACAUAAAUAGUUCGUAUUCUCUCUCCCUUUCUUUCUCUACCUUCUCUCUCUAUCUCUUCCAUUUAAUCUUACCGCUGUGCAUUAAAACCUUUCGUUUCUGUUCUUUUGAAUUCGUUGUAUGGUAACGGACUAACACCUCACAGCUAUGUGGACCGUUGCUUUAAUUCCCUUUUGUAUCUAAACACUAGAGAGGGAAUUCUCUCUCUCUCUCUCUCUCUCUUUCUCUCUCUACUGUUGAUUCAUAAUCUAAGGUAGGCAUAAGGCGUCAUGUGUUCUUGAGAGGUGUAUUUCAACAACUUUUUCUUUGCUUGAUGAUUUUAUAGGUUAAAGCUGAACCACUCAUCUUCUCUUCAAGGUUUCAAUCUUUAGUAUUUAUGAAGAGAAGUUAGAGAUUUUCUUCUCUAAGAUUGGUGAUCAUCAACCAACCAUGAGUAGAAGCCACAUAGAAGAGCAUCAGAUCAUGAGCGGAUCAAAGCAGUGCCCCAGCUGCGGCCACAAACUAGAAAGAAAGCCGGACUGGGUUGGACUGCCAGCCGGAGUAAAAUUCGAUCCCACAGAUCAGGAACUGAUAGAACACCUCGAAGCCAAAGUUUCGACUCAAUCCAUCUUAAGAUCUCACCCUCUGAUAGAUGAAUUCAUCCCCACAAUCGAAGGAGAAGAUGGAAUCUGUUACACUCAUCCUGAAAAACUCCCAGGUGUCACAAAAGAUGGAUUAAGCAAGCACUUCUUCCACCGGCCAUCGAAAGCCUACACGACUGGAACAAGGAAGAGGAGGAAGAUACAGACGGAACUCGACGUGCAGCGAGGGGAAACUCGGUGGCACAAGACGGGGAAGACAAGAGCUGUGACGGCUAACGGGAGGCAAAAGGGAUGCAAGAAGAUACUGGUUCUGUACACGAAUUUUGGGAAGCAGAGGAAGCCUGAGAAAACGAAUUGGGUGAUGCAUCAGUAUCACUUGGGGGAGCUUGAGGAGGAGAAGGAAGGAGAGCUUGUGGUUUCGAAGAUAUUCUAUCAGACCCAACCGAGACAGUGCAGUUGGAGUUCAGAGAGGAAGAGUUUUGAUGAGGUUGGGAUUGGAGAAGCAGCUGCAACUCAUUCAACAGAAGCUUCAAUGGGCCAGGAAGAACACGAAGAGCACAAUCAUCAUCAACAGCAACUACAUCAAUCAGCAGCAGUGGUUACCACACCCUUCAACAUAACCAGGCCUGGUAAUCCCAUCUCUUCUAUAAUCUCUCAAGCCACACUGCAUCAGAAUUCCAUGGUCCUGGAUGAUCCCUACCAUGUCUCUACAAUCCUUCUUCAUGAUAAGUUUGAGCAUCAACAGCAACAUCAACAACAGCAGAAAUUGGUGGAGAGAUCAGCUGGAGCUGGUCUGGAAGAGUUGAUAAUGGGCUGCACUUCAACUGAUAUAAAAGCAGAAAUAUCAAUUGCUCAGCCACAAGAGACAGAAUGGCUAAAGUACUCAUAUUGGUCACCUGACAGCCAUGAUCAUCAUGGGUAAUAACGAUGGAGGAGAAAACCAAGAAGCAUCACGGCAAACAAGAGAAAUAUAUCAUUAUAAGUACUUUCAAGGAAGCUCUUCUCAAUAUAAAAAAGAACCAAGUAUAAUAAAUCCAGGAUGGUGGGAAACGAGUUCAAAAAGGUGUUAGGAAAGAAAAGAGGAAAGGAUUUCAUGGAAAAACUCAA